AAGAGGUUACAGUACAAUUUGCUGGUCUGGGCAAGCAGCAGAAAGCCACCUAAGGCAUGUAACGUCGGCUUGCAUACCGGUGUCAACAUAAAUACUGGUAUUAAUGGAGAAGGUUUCCCUCUGUUAAAACUGCAGAACCAGCUGACCUCUGACCUGAUGUCUGCUGCCCAGGUGGUGCGGCGGGUGGCCGUGUUUGGCGGUACCCAUGGCAACGAGAUGUCGGGCGUGUACCUGGUGAAGCGAUGGCUGCAGAACCAGGAGGCCAUCAGCAGGCCCAGUUUCCAGACGGUGCCCUGUAUCGCCAACCCUCGCGCGGUGGAGCGCUGCCGACGGUACAUCGACGUGGACCUCAAAAUGUUAAAAAUGUUGAUUGAUGAUUUGUUUUACAGUAUGGAAGCUCCACCGAGCACUGCGCCCUACGAGGUCCACCGAGCUGUCGAGCUGAACAAGAAGUUUGGCGCAAAGGGGGAGUCAUUCGACGUCAUCAUUGAUCUACACAACACGACAUCAAACAUGGGGAACUGUCUCAUCAUUGGCUCAUCAACGGACAGCUUCACACUACAGAUGGCAAAGUACCUGGUUCAAUGGUCAGGACUGGUGUGCCCCGUGUUCCUCACCGAAAACCCAGCACCACAUUUGAAGAUGGCAGAUACAACGAGCAUGAGUGCUCAUGGGAUAGGUUUAGAGCUGGGUGCCCAGCCGCAGGGCGUACUGUUGGCUGAUGUCUACCUCCGACAUGAACGACUGGUGCACACCUGUCUCGACUUCAUCCACAAGUUCAACCAAGGAGAGAUUUUCCCACCUGCAACACUGGAGGUGUAUCGAAUCCUCCACGUGGUGGACUAUCCCAGGAACAAGGACAAUGAGCUGACAGCAAUGAUCCAUCCAGAACUACAGGACAAAGACUGGCAUCCCCUGAAGCCCGGAGACCCCAUGUUCCUGAGCAUGGACGGAAAAACUAUCAAGUACGAGGGCGAAAGCACCAUCUACCCAGCAUUCGUCAACGAGGCAGCGUACUACGAGAAAGGCAUUGCAUUCUGGGCAACGCAAAAAGAGACCCUGAACGUCCAGGAGUUGCAAGUCAAGGCUUAGUCAAAACAAAGGGAAGUUUUGUUUUUUUAUCUCCUCAUAGUCACUCUGAAUGUGUAGUGAAGAUUGAUUCUUCUCAGAGACAUGUAUGUUAGAACAAAGCAACCAGCCAAGGUUUUAUUUCAUAAUACAUUUACUGUAGUUACUUGUGAUGGUUUGAAAAAGAAAUUUGUUUUAGUACAUGUAUUACUAUUAGUCAGCUGCACAUACCAGUAUGCUGGCAUUAAAGGGGCAUUAUGUAUAUUACUAAACAUAUUUGCACCAAAAAAGGGAAGUAUUUUAAUCGACAACAUCUCCUUGUGAUUGUAAUUUACUUCCAUGUUUCAACAUAUUUGUGCAAUUAUCUAACAUUUCUGACAUUUAUGGUUGGUGCUAAACCAGCUCACCCAAGGGGCACUCGGUUUGUGGUACCACCACAAAAUACCCCCCAAAAAACAUGGCUGACAGCUGUGUUUCCAGCUUAGACACUUGCAAGGCAUCCUAUCUUAGCACCUCCACUUUCUGAAUGGCACUUGCAAUUGAGCAGGGUUGAUUCAACUUAGUUUGUUUAAGAAAUGACUAGAAAAUUGGCUUUAUGUACAUGUAUCAUCCUAAUGUCACAUAAUGCAGCUUUAAGUUUGCAGACAUCUACAAUGGCUACUUUAGAGUGCGAAAGGCAUCUGGAU